GCUGCUCCCGCUGAGGUGCGUCGGUGCUCGGCCUCCUGCGCCCCCGCGCGUCGCGGCGUCUGCUGACCCGUCCCUCUCCCGUCCGUCGGUCCGCAGCGCGGCGGAGGAAAGUUAAACAUACCUUCAAAAGAAUAUUUGAUUACAUCUGGAUUACAUCUAUAUUACAAGGCCAUCAGAAUGUCCGGAGCCUCAGUGAAAGUGGCUGUCCGAGUGAGGCCCUUCAAUUCUCGAGAGACCAGCAAGGAGUCCAAGUGCAUCAUUCAGAUGCAAGGCAACUCGACCAGUAUUAUUAAUCCAAAGAAUCCAAAGGAAGCACCAAAGUCCUUCAGCUUUGACUACUCCUACUGGUCUCACACCUCGCCUGAUGAUCCCUGUUUUGCAUCUCAGAAUCGUGUGUAUAAUGACAUCGGAAAAGAAAUGCUCUUACAUGCCUUUGAGGGAUAUAAUGUGUGCAUUUUUGCCUAUGGGCAGACUGGUGCUGGGAAAUCUUAUACAAUGAUGGGUAAACAAGAAGAAAGCCAAGCUGGCAUCAUUCCACAGUUGUGUGAAGAACUCUUUGAGAAGAUCAAUGACAACUGUAAUGAAGAGAUGUCUUACUCUGUAGAGGUGAGCUACAUGGAAAUUUACUGUGAGAGAGUACGAGAUUUGCUGAAUCCCAAAAACAAGGGUAAUUUACGUGUGCGUGAACACCCUCUUCUUGGACCCUAUGUGGAGGAUCUGUCCAAGCUGGCGGUCACUUCCUACACAGACAUUGCUGACCUCAUGGAUGCUGGGAACAAAGCCAGGACAGUGGCAGCUACCAACAUGAAUGAAACGAGCAGCCGUUCCCACGCUGUGUUUACCAUCGUCUUCACCCAGAAGAAACAUGAUACUGAGACUAACCUUUCCACUGAGAAGGUUAGUAAAAUCAGCUUGGUGGAUCUAGCAGGAAGUGAACGAGCUGAUUCAACUGGUGCCAAAGGAACUCGAUUAAAGGAAGGAGCAAAUAUUAACAAGUCUCUUACAACUUUGGGCAAAGUCAUUUCAGCCUUGGCGGAGGUGGAUAACUGCACCAGCAAGAGUAAAAAGAAGAAGAAAACUGAUUUUAUUCCUUACAGGGAUUCUGUACUUACUUGGCUCCUUCGAGAAAAUCUGGGUGGCAAUUCUCGGACUGCAAUGGUUGCUGCUCUGAGCCCAGCAGAUAUCAACUAUGAUGAAACCUUGAGCACUCUGAGGUAUGCAGAUCGUGCAAAACAAAUUAAAUGCAAUGCUGUUAUCAAUGAGGACCCCAAUGCCAAACUGGUUCGGGAAUUAAAGGAGGAAGUGACACGGCUGAAGGACCUCCUUCGAGCUCAGGGACUGGGAGAUAUUAUUGACAUUGAUCCAUUGAUCGAUGAUUACUCUGGAAGUGGAGGCAAAUAUCUGAAAGACUUUCAGAACAAUAAGCAUAGGUACUUGCUAGCCUCUGAGAAUCAACGCCCUGGCAAUUUUUCCACAGCGUCCAUGGGGUCCCUUACUUCAUCUCCAUCUUCCUGCUCACUCAAUAGUCAGGUGGGCUUAACAUCUGUGACCAGCAUUCAGGAAAGGAUCAUGUCUACACCUGGAGGAGAAGAAGCCAUUGAACGUCUAAAGGAAUCUGAGAAGAUUAUUGCUGAGUUGAAUGAAACCUGGGAAGAGAAACUUCGUAAAACAGAGGCCAUCAGAAUGGAAAGAGAGGCCUUAUUGGCUGAGAUGGGAGUUGCCAUUCGGGAAGAUGGAGGAACACUGGGAGUUUUCUCACCUAAAAAGACCCCACAUCUUGUUAACCUUAAUGAGGACCCACUAAUGUCUGAAUGCCUGCUUUAUUACAUCAAGGAUGGAAUUACAAGAGUUGGCCAAGCAGAUGCUGAGCGACGCCAGGACAUAGUGCUGAGUGGGGCCCACAUUAAAGAGGAGCAUUGUAUCUUCCGGAGUGAGAGAAACAACACUGGUGAAGUUGUUGUGACGUUAGAGCCUUGUGAGCGCUCAGAAACAUACGUGAACGGCAAGAGAGUGGCCCAGCCUGUUCAGUUGCGCUCAGGAAACCGAAUCAUCAUGGGUAAAAACCAUGUUUUUCGUUUUACCCACCCUGAGCAAGCCCGUGCUGAGCGGGAGAAGACUCCCUCCGCUGAGACUCCCUCUGAGCCUGUGGACUGGACAUUUGCUCAGAGAGAGCUUCUGGAAAAACAAGGAAUUGAUAUGAAACAGGAGAUGGAAAAAAGGCUACAGGAAAUGGAGAUCCUGUACAAAAAGGAGAAGGAAGAAGCAGAUCUUCUCUUGGAGCAGCAGAGACUGGACUAUGAGAGUAAACUGCAGGCCUUGCAGAAGCAGGUUGAGACCAGAUCCUUAGCUGCAGAAACAACUGAAGAGGAGGAGGAGGAAGAAGAAGUUCCCUGGACACAGCAUGAGUUUGAGUUGGCCCAAUGGGCCUUCCGGAAAUGGAAGUCUCACCAAUUUACAUCCUUAAGGGACUUGCUCUGGGGCAAUGCUGUAUACUUGAAGGAAGCCAAUGCCAUUAGUGUGGAACUGAAGAAGAAGGUACAGUUUCAGUUUGUUCUGCUGACUGACACACUGUACUCCCCUUUGCCUCCUGAAUUACUUCCCACGGAGAUGGAAAAAGCCCACGAGGAUAGGCCUUUCCCUCGCACAGUGGUAGCAGUGGAAGUCCAGGAUCUGAAGAAUGGAGCAACACAUUACUGGUCACUGGAGAAACUCAAGCAGAGGCUGGACUUAAUGCGAGAGAUGUAUGACAGGGCAGGUGAAAUGGCCUCCAGUGCCCAGGAUGAAAGCGAAACAACUAUGACUGGCAGUGAUCCAUUCUAUGAUCGGUUCCACUGGUUCAAGCUUGUGGGAAGCUCCCCCAUUUUCCACGGCUGUGUGAAUGAGCGCCUUGCCGACCGUACACCCUCCCCCACUUUUUCCACGGCCGAUUCUGACAUCACUGAGCUGGCUGACGAGCAGCAAGAUGAGAUGGAGGAUUUUGAUGAUGAGGCAUUCGUGGAUGACACCGGCUCUGACGCAGGGACGGAAGAGGGAUCAGAUCUCUUCAGUGAUGGGCAUGACCCGUUUUACGACCGAUCCCCUUGGUUCAUUUUAGUGGGAAGGGCAUUUGUGUACCUGAGCAACUUGCUGUAUCCUGUGCCCCUGAUUCACAGGGUGGCCGUUGUCAGUGAGAAGGGGGAAGUACGGGGAUUUCUACGUGUGGCUGUACAGGCCAUUGCAGCUGAUGAAGAAGCUCCUGAUUAUGGCUCUGGAAUCCGACAGUCAGGAACUGCUAAAAUAUCUUUUGAUAAUGAGUGCUUUAGUCAGAAUGAUUUUUCUUCAGUUGCAAUGACUCGUUCUGGACUAUCCUUGGAAGAGCUGAGGAUUGUGGAAGGACAAGGUCAGAGUUCAGAAGUCAUCACUCCUCCAGAAGAGAUUAAUCGGAUGAAUGACUUGGAUUUGAAGUCAAACACUUUGCUAGAUGGGAAGAUGGUGAUGGAAGGGUUUUCUGAAGAGAUUGGCAACCACCUGAAACUUGGCAAUGCCUUUACUUUUCGAGUCACAGUGUUGCAGGCCAGUGGGAUCCUUCCAGAAUAUGCAGACAUCUUUUGUCAGUUCAACUUUUUGCAUCGCCACGAUGAAGCAUUCUCCACCGAGCCCCUCAAAAACAAUGGCAGAGGAAGUCCCCUGGGCUUUUAUCAUGUGCAGAAUAUUGCAGUGGAGGUCACUGAGUCAUUUGUGGACUACAUCAAAACCAAACCCAUUGUAUUUGAAGUCUUUGGGCAUUACCAGCAGCAUCCACUUCAUCUGCAAGGACAGGAUCUUAACAGUCCACCUCAGCCAUCUCGAAGAUACUUCCCCCCACCCAUGCCACUCUCCAAACCAGUUCCAGCCACCAAGUUAAACACCAUGAACAAAACCACCCUUGGCCAGAGCAUGAGCAAGUAUGACCUCCUGGUUUGGUUUGAGAUCAGUGAGCUGGAGCCUACAGGAGAGUAUAUCCCAGCUGUGGUUGACCAUACAGCAGGCUUGCCUUGCCAGGGGACAUUUUUGCUUCACCAGGGUAUCCAGCGACGGAUCACAGUGACCAUUAUCCAUGAGAAGGGCAGUGAGCUCCACUGGAAAGAUGUUCGGGAAUUGGUGGUAGGUCGCAUUAGGAAUAAGCCUGAGGUGGAUGAAGCUGCAGUUGAUGCCAUCCUGUCCCUGAACAUUAUCUCUGCCAAGUCCUUGAAGUCUUCUUAUAACUCUAGCAGGACCUUCUACCGUUUUGAGGCUGUGUGGGACAGCUCCCUACAUAACUCCCUUCUUCUGAACCGAGUGACACCCUAUGGGGAAAAGAUCUACAUGACUUUGUCGGCCUACCUGGAGCUGGAUCAUUGCAUUCAGCCAGCUGUCAUCACCAAGGAUGUGUGCAUGGUCUUCUAUUCCCGAGACGCCAAGAUCUCACCUCCUCGCUCUCUGCGCAGUCUCUUUGGCAGUGGCUACUCGAAGUCACCAGACUCCAAUCGAGUCACUGGAAUUUAUGAACUCAGCUUGUGCAAAAUGGCAGAUACUGGUAGUCCAGGCAUGCAAAGGAGGAGGAGAAAAGUCUUGGAUACCUCGGUGGCAUACGUGCGGGGAGAAGAGAACUUAGCAGGCUGGCGGCCCCGGGGGGAUAGCCUCAUCCUGGAGCACCAGUGGGAGCUGGAGAAGCUGGAGCUGUUGCACGAGGUCGAAAAAACUCGCCACUUCCUGCUGCUGCGUGAGAAACUUGGUGACAGCAUCCCAAAAUCGCUGAGCGACUCACUGUCCCCCAGCCUCAGCAGUGGGACCCUCAGUACCUCCACCAGCAUCUCCUCUCAGAUCUCAACCACCACCUUUGAAAGCGCCAUCACACCCAGUGAGAGCAGUGGCUAUGACUCAGCAGACAUCGAAAGCCUGGUCGACCGAGAGAAAGAGCUAGCUACCAAGUGCCUGCAGCUUCUCACUCACACCUUCAAUCGAGAAUUCAGCCAGGUACAUGGCAGCAUCAGUGACUGCAAGUUGUCUGACAUCUCUCCAAUUGGACGGGAUCCCUCUGUGUCCAGUUUUAGCAGCGCUACUCUAACCCCCUCCUCCACCUGCCCCUCUCUGGUAGACUCCAGGAGCAACUCCAUGGAUCAGAAGACCCCAGAAGCCAACUCCCGAGCCUCUAGUCCCUGUCCAGAAUUUGAACAGUUUCAGAUCAUCCCAACUGUAGAGACACCAUAUUUGGCUCGAGCAGGAAAAAACGAAUUUCUCAAUCUUGUUCCAGAUAUUGAAGAAAUUAGACCAGGCUCAGUGGUCUCUAAGAAGGGAUACCUGCAUUUCAAGGAGCCUCUUUCUAGCAACUGGGUUAAACAUUUUGUCGUGGUUCGCCGCCCUUAUGUCUUCAUCUAUAACAGUGACAAGGACCCUGUGGAGCGUGGCAUCAUUAACCUGUCCACAGCACAGGUGGAGUACAGUGAAGACCAGCAGGCCAUGGUGAAGACACUUAAUACCUUCGUUGUAUGCACAAAGCACCGUGGUGUCCUUUUGCAGGCUCUCAAUGACAAAGACAUGAAUGACUGGUUGUAUGCUUUUAACCCACUCCUUGCUGGCACAAUACGGUCCAAGCUCUCUCGCAGAUGCCCGAGCCAACCGAAAUACUAAUCGACUCUGCUGAGCCUCACUCGCCUUCAAGAGAUAAAGAAAGUGUUACCUCUCAUUCUCUUUGUGAUUCUUGAUGGUUAUUCCUGUAUGUAAUCCUGUGGCUUAACUAUUUUUCCCUUGUUGUCCAGCACUUUCUCUAGCUCUCCUGUUCCCCAUCUCCAUGGUUCUGUUCUCUUUUUUUCUUGUGCUGAGAAUCUCGUAGCAUGUGGCCUAACAAAAGGGAAAAAAAAUUUAAAAACAACAAUACUGCGAGCGUGUGUGUGCACAAGCACACAUGCGUGCGCACGCGCGCGUGCACACACACACACACACACACACACACACACUGAGGGGAUCCAGUGAAUCUCCAAAUUAUUUUUCAGUGAGCUUUGGUUUCCUUUUAUAUGCAAGGUCCCCAUCAUGCCCACCACUGAUUGUUGUCCCUGAAUACCACUGUUAGGGUAUCUUGUUUUCUUUGUUUCUGAUAACACUUUAAUUUAUUUUCUUGGGUGGGUCAGAAACAUUUGGCAUUAUCAGGCCCUGAGGAAAUACUUACAUUUCCAUGCAGGGAGACAGCUAUGGUAAGUUAGUUCAGAAACUGGAAAGUUAAAUUCUUUGUCAAAACUGGAGUCUACUGAAAGUGUCAUUGUGAAAUGUUCAGAGUGGAAGACCCAAAGAAGCCUUGGUAGGAGGCUGGUAUAAUGACCACUGCUGGCCAUUUAGGAAGGAAGAGUGGAGGGUGCUGCAGAUUUUAGAGGCUCAGGAUUUCGCAGUGGCCAUGACAGGUUUGGUCAAAGGCUGCUUUAGAGCCUCACAGUGAGAUCCCUGCAAACUGUUUUUCUCCUUUGAGAGGAAAGCAUCUAUCUAGGAGCAUCUCAGUUCUGUCCUUGGCAUUGAUGAUGAAGAUCCUGUUGGCAAACAGGGCAGUGUCAUGCACACGUUUCCCACAAGGGGGCGAGUUUGACUUUCUGGUGGCAAACUUGGUCACUGUUGACUGUGAUAGUGCUGAGGGCAACUUACGAUUAUUUCAGCUCCCUUUCAUCAAAGAGAUACAGCUUCCAGUAUAAACUUGGAAAUCACCCUCUGAAUCCAAUGGCCAUUUCUAAUAACACCCAUCUACCUUACAAAUAAGCAAACAUGGCAGGCUUGCUUUCUGGAUGUCAGAAUUAAGACCAACCCCCUCCAGCAUUCUAAACAAAUCAGAAGACCCUUGGAACAACAAAGAGUAUCCCCCAACCGCCCCGUGGUUUGUUGUUGGUUCGCCUGUCUCUCCUCGCAAUGUGGAAGGACGCCCGAGGACAAGAGGAGUGUGCUGCGCCAGCCUCCUUGUGUUCCAGAAGACCAGGUGUCUGGCUUCUAGAGACCAUCAUAGCUUCUAGUGUUGUACAACUGACUGGGGCCACAGGAAGGUCCAGGUUCAGUUGCUUUGCAGAGACUUCAGGCUAUCAUGCUAUCCUUUAGUUGCCUUGCCUGCCUGUUUCACCAUUACUGAGGCAUCUAGGAAAGUAUCUGCUCACCACCACUCUGGAAAGACUGAUGGCCACUCUAGGGUCAUGCAUGACUGAUGGAUGUCUUUCAGGUCAAGGGCUCGCAUACCACUGUAGAGCAGUCACUGGGGAGACUUGUCAGCACCAGCACCCAGACCCUUGCUUCUGACCUCCUGGAUGGGCUCAUCGAUGAAGAACAAGUCUCCCAGCACCACUUGUUAUGAUUGCUUUGCAAAAAAGAAGGAAACAUAGAUCAUGGAGAGCUUAGUUUUAAAAACGUGGGGUGGGAUAGAAAUCAGAGUGUGUUCUUACCUGAAAAGUGAUCAAGAAAAACUUUGGUUGAUUUUUAAAACUUACUUUCUCUCCUUAAAGCAUAGGUCACUAACUGUAAUAUUGUUUUCUAAGCAUAUAUGAGAUUCUUUUAAUGUAGUUAGAAGUCUCUUUGUUGUCUAAUGGACACAAUAUGCCCUUCUGGUGUAUACUCAAACCCAGCACGAUCUGUCUGUACUUAGAGACAGCUUCCUGGGCAGAACUAAAUCUAAUUUCAGAGAAACAAAGAUGAAAUUUGAAGGUUACUUUUAAAAUGAAAUCACUUAUGUUGGUGCUAUUGAGAAGUUGGAUAGAAAGAGUCAUGACUUUGACAAGGGGAGAGAGACAAUGCAAUACACUAAAUACUGAAGUGACUUUUGUGUUUUAACUCAAGUCUGGCUUGGAAAAUCUUUGCUUUGGAAUCAAGUUGAAUAUUAGAAUGAGCCCAAGUAGGCUGUCUGUCCAUAACACGCCUGAUAAGAAAGCCUUAUUAGGAAGCUGGGGAAGUAGGGCGGUGGUGUUCUGCAGGGAGCCUUGAACAAGUGCGUUUCUACCAUCUCCACUGCUGCAGGGCUGCUAAGUAAACAGUCACUGGUGGUACCCCUCUUUUUGUAGGGGUCCAUUUUCAGGUCAGAAUUAGCAGAUUCAGGAUUGAAGAAGUUACCUGUUAGACAGGACCACCUCUGCUUUCUGGGAGAUAAUUUAUGUCAGAACCCAUUUAUGAGGUUUUAUUGGUAGCCAUGGUGGUAGGAAAGUUAAGAAAACCAACCUUUAAGGAAACCACUUUUUCUCGUUGAGGCAGGGUCUCACUCUAGUCCAGGCUAACCUGGAACUCAAGUCCAGGCUGGCCUUGAACUCACAGUGACCUUCCUACCUCAGCCUCCCAAAUAGAGUAUUGGUAUUAAAGGUGUGAGUCACCACUCCCAGCUUUUUGGAAACCACUAUUAAGGUAAUUUUUAGUUUAGUUUUCUUUUUUCUUCUUAAAGUACUUCUUUAGACCAAAAAAAAAAAAUCUAUAAUGAAAGUAUAUGCAAGUUUCAGGAAAAUAAGUGCUAGUUAAAACUAAUUAUUUCCUUCUUCCCUUACUUCCCCAUCUCCUUUCUCACACCAAAGCAAAGCAUGGCCUCACUACUACCCCUAGACCAGUGCUCAAGAGACCUGUCUGCUUCUGUCCGCCUGCCUGGGAGUCAGUCAGCUCUCAGCCCAGACUCUGUGGGGCCAGCCAGUCCCUGCAUGUAGUCAGCAGGAGUGUGGGCCAGGUUUCUUGGGACACUGGAUGGCCCCUAAACUCCAAUGCAUCUGUAAAAGAAACUUGGUGAGGUAAGGCAGAUGUUGCCUCAACUAUGAAACCACUAUUUUUUUCCACCUUAGCUACAUAUAAUUUCUACACUUAUUCAUAUUGUGAGUGGUGUUUUCAGCUUGUUUAAAUGGAAGAAUGAAUUAGAUCAUUAUGAAAGGUUUGGGGGUUCUAAAGACAGCUGACUUCUCUGGGCACAUGUUUCCAAGCAUAGACUGUGUUGUCUGCUGCUUCUCUUAAUGAUUUAUAGGGAUAUUUAAUUUUGUAAGGUAUUUGUAUAUUUAUACAGCUCUGAUUAAUUGCACAUUGGGCUGGAAGAGAAAAAUCCUGUCCUGUUAGGCACCUCUUGGGACCGUUUUUGCAUUUCCUCCUUGGACGUUGUACUAUGGCUCUUCUGGACAAUUCCAGGGUGGGUGGGUGGUUUGACAUGGGUCCUUCACUUUUCCUUUGGGUUUCCUUUUGAAAAUGUGAUUUUUAACUUGCUUAGUAAGAAGAAAAGAUUAAUUCUGCUGCUGCUCUUGGAAGGUUUGGUGAAUGUAUUCAAAUAGGACUCUGGUGUCAUGCACUACAGCAGUCCAUCAUGGCCAGUGACUUGCCAAGUGUGGCGGGGGAGACUGUGACCACAUUGAGUAGGUCAGAGAGCAUCAGCUAAGAGAUUGUUUGCUGCUAUUGUUCAAAAGGCCAUUUAUGAAAUUAGUAUUCAUGGAGCCUUUAAAAUCUUUGGAGAGCCCCCAGUUAUUUAAGGGAAGAAAUUUAAGAGUUGAUACAGAACUUGUGCUAAAAGCUCGCAGCCAAGGGGUUGCAGGUGUACUUAGUGGAAGAGCAUAUGACUGUUAGAUGUGAUGCUGUGGGUUCAAUCCCAGUACCAAAAGCAAACAAAAGCUCCCAGGAGAUGGCAGCUCAGAUGGAGUCCAGGCAGAGGUUUGUCUCUGGCCAGAGCCUUGCUACUGUGUGUUGUCUGUCCUGUCUUUGGUUCACUAUUUUCUCAUACUGUGCACUCUGGCAUCAGCUCACCUGAGGAGCCCACCAGCGUUCUCAUGUUUCAGCAUCGUCUUACAUUUGUGGCUCUAAGAUACCUGUCUGUUGAGAGUCAAGUCUCUUGUCACCAUCCUCAUACACUAUAACAAAACCCAUGAAGCAUAAGUGGCCUUUUUGAACCAAGACUUUGCAAACUGAUCUCUCCCCAGUGAAGGAGUUGAGCACAUUAGCAACAAUGUACAUUAUUAAUUUUGGAUUUUCAUUUUCAUGUUUUAUUUUGUAAAUAUCUGAUGUUUGGAGCUUGGGUAUACAGAAUGUAAAUACAGUUCUUGUAUUUGUACUAAUUCUGAUUCUUUUGCUGUAUAGCUUUAGAUGUGCAAUGCAGACAUUAUCUAACUGUGUAUGGUAAUCUUGCAUCACAGAACUGUUAGUGAACAAGGUAAAGUAAUAAAGGUACAACCAGUGCAUCUGAA